GUUGAAUUCAUUUACAUCUCUUGUCUGCUCUGCUCUCUCUAAACUCUAGAUGCACAGGAUUAAGUCGAGCUACAAAUCGCUCGCUGCAAUUCCCACAAACACCCUCCUGCUGGAUCAGCAAGUGAUAGAUGAGCAGGUAGAGAGAGAACUGAGCCCUUGUGACACGCCGGACGGAGGAGUUGCAGACACUCAUGUCGAGAUGUGCUCACCUGCUCAACUCCGGCAACAGUCAGAGGAACUUUAUGCUGUCAUUGACGAGAUAUUGGCAAAUUCCACUCCAGUAUCCUCCAGGUCAUCGACUCCCAGUGCUGGUCUGCAGAACAACUCGUCAUUUCAAAAAUCCUUGGGACGUGAAACCAAAUAUGCAUCGUUAUGCAGCUUACACCCUUCUGCCGGUGUGGAAAGGAAACUGAUGAAUUCUAAAAAGACGAAACCCGGGGUCAUUCGCCCGAUGACGGCCAUUCCACGACUGACGGUGGAGGAAGAAGAAGAGUUUCGCUCAAAUCCCUCCAGGCAGUUCGCUGUCAAGCAGACCUUAAAUGAUAAGAAGAAGGCAGAAAAUACCCAUCCUAAACCUGGAGGGAUAAACUGGCACACAGGUUCAAAGGGCAAAACGCUGAGUGAGGAGAGGAAGCCUGAAAGAAGAAGUCCUUUGUCUAUAUGUGACCUGCAGAUCACAGAGCCUGAAGAGCAGAUCAGCCACCUUGGGAAAGAUGCUUUGACAUCUUUCAGUCCUGCUGAGAGGCAUAUGCAAGCUUUUGAAACUCAUAUUUAAAUGCUUUUUUCCUCAGUAAACAAUUAUUUGCUUAGGCACAUUCAGUACUCAAGGCAGUUCCGGCUAACGGAGAAAUGACAAGUUGAUUGCACCUCGUCAGCAUGAAUCUCCAUGUGGUUGUUUACAGGAGUUGGCAGCAAGGGUUUAGUUCGCCUGAUGAUAGAGCUGCACUGACCGUUUGCUAGUUUCCGUUAACGACUUAAAAUGCGUUGCCGUUUUUGAAACGGUGGGUCGUUAAUUUCAGACGGAUAUGGACAAAAGUAGUAAUCUUAUUUUUUUCUGUGCUCAUUGUAGCUUCGUCAGACAGAAUCUCCUGAAUAUGGGGUAAAAAAACCCCCACAAUUAUAGACACUCCCUCUAGACGAAGAGAGACAGAUUGAGAAAGUAAACACAUCUGACCUGAUUUGCACUUCUGAUAGAGUACACUGACACCUUAAAGCUGCACGUCCUCAUCACAAGUUUACGAUAGAUGCAUGUAAAUAAGGAAGCACAUUGUUUUUAUAUUUUAAUGCAGAUCGUCUGCAGGUAUUUCAGGAUAUAUAAUGAGAAAAAUAGACAUCACAGAGGAUAAAGUUAUCUUCAUGCACUUUCUCUCAAAUGUUAAGGUUACCCUAUACUUUAAUGUCGAGCUGACACCAUCCUCCAGACUUUUUGUUUGAGUCGAAGCAUCACAGAAUCCAAAGCUUGAUGGAUUUGCAGUGGCAGAGCUAGCAAAUGGUCAGUUUCUGAAAAGUAAGCCAAAGAAAAGAGAGAAAGUUUCAUUGUGAUACAGCCCUGAUCUUCUUUUUCUUUUCUUUUUUUAAAAGUAAAAACUAAUUUUACUGAGAAAGACACGUAAAAAACCUACUGUGUGGCCUUGUAUUGGUCUUGCAGAGUGUUUAAUUCACAAACUAUGAUCACAGUCACUGCAGUACAACAUUAUAUUCAUGCAAAUGAUGUGACUCACUGUAGAGAAAAAAAGUGUUUUAUUAUUACUAAAUAAUUUGAAGAAAAAACUGCAAUGUUUAAUAAAAGAGUUACCUACGU